ACUCUGACCAUCAAUGUCUUCUUCUUCAACGCUCCCCUUUAAAAAAAGGAGGUGUCUUUUUUAGCAACUCAACUCUCUACGUCUCGCUCUCUUUCUCUCUCACUCAGUUCUUCUUCCUACUCAAAGAUUUAAUCUUUCACCGGUGGAUUUCUCGACAAAGAUUGCAACUUUAUAGAGCUUUUUUGAUAGAUGCAGAUUCAGAGCGUAUCAUCAUCUUUAGAUAAAGGAUCAAUGUCUCAUGACAUAAGCUAGACUCUGUUUCUGUUUCAUCUUCUUCUUCGAUCUCAAUUUCUUGUUAGAGCUAGGGUUGUUUUUUAUGUUUGGGAGAGGAAUGGGCACUAGGCAAUAUUCACUGGGAGAAGUAGGUCCACCAAUAAACCCGAGAGCUGGUUUGCGAAGAGAACAAGCUGGAAGAGGUUCAUACAGGGGUAGUUAGUAGAUUCGUUCGCUCCUCAUCUAUAGGUUUUAGACACAGAUUCUCUUGUCGGAUUGAUAAAGAAUCAGGUUUUAGGACCCUUGAGACGAUUUGGUUUUAAGUGUUUUAAGAGGGGUGGUUUUGAGUUUUAGUGGUGACGGGUGGUGGUUUAGAUGGGUUCUUCUACCUUACAACAGAUACUGAGGAGCCUCUGCUCUAACACGGAUUGGAACUAUGCCGUGUUCUGGAAACUCAAUCAUCGCUCUCCAAUGGUGCUUACUUUGGACGAUGUGUACUAUGUUAAUCAUGAGCGCAGUUUGAUACCGGGGAACUUGCAUGGAGGGCCUUACGCACAUGAUCCCCUUGGGUUAGCUGUAGCUAAGAUGUCUUAUCAUGUACACUCUCUUGGAGAAGGGAUUGUAGGACAAGUGGCUAUCUCUGGACAACAUCAAUGGAUCUUCUCUGAAUAUUUGGACGACACUCACUCGACAUUUCAGGUUCACAACGGUUGGGAGAGUCAAAUUUCUGCUGGAAUCAAGACUAUUCUUAUAGUAGCUGUAGGUUCUUGUGGAGUUGUUCAGCUCGGAUCUUUAUGUAAAGUUGAUGAAGACGCGGCUUUGGUGACUCAUAUCAGGCAUUUGUUUUUGGCACUCAAGGAUCCACUGGCAAACCAUGCGCCAAAUUUAAUGCGAUGUGAUAAUAAUAGUCCUUCGGAUCUGCCAAAAAUACCUUCCAAAUGCUUACAUGAGGCAUUCCCUGAUUUCUCAGGAGAAUUUGACAAAGCUAUGGAUGUCCAAGGGUUAAAUACUAUAUCUCAAAACACAAGUAAUAGAAGUGACGACCUUCCAUAUAAUUUCACUCCAUCAUAUUUUCACAUGGAGAGGACUGCUCAAGUAAUUGGUGGGCUUGAAGCAGUCCAACCUUCCAUGUUUGGAAGAAAUGAUUGUGUUACAAGUGGGUUUUUAGCUGAUGUGGUUGAUACUAAACACGUGAAUGAAGUGGGUAAGGUAACUUAUGAUGAGGAAACUGGUGGAUACCGAUACUCAAGAGAAUUAGGUCCCAAUUUCCAGCAGUACUCGAAGAAUCAUGUGCGUAAUUGUGCAGGCUCAUCUUCUCUUGCAAUGGAGACUGAUAGGCUAAAAGCAGGUCCAUCAUAUCUACAACACGAUUCAGUUACAUAUUCUUCUCAUCAAAAUGAGGUUUUCCAACCAUCUGAGUGCCAAGGAAGUACAUAUGUAAAAGACACAGAAUAUAGGCAGGAGAAGACAAUUGAGUCAAGUCAGUUGGAUGCUUUAACUGCAUCUUUGUCGUCUUUUUCUGGCAGUGAGCUGUUAGAGGCAUUAGGGCCUGCUUUCAGUAAAACGAGCACUGGUUAUGAGGAGCUUGCAAAGUUUGAAUCUGCUGCACCUAUAAGACGAACAAAUGAUAUGAGCCAUAGUCACUUGACAUUCGACUCCAGCCCUGAGAAUCUUCUAGAUGCUGUGGUUACUAAUAUGAGUUAUGGUGAUGGUAAUGUCAGUCGUGAAAUAUCAUCAAGCAGGUCGAUGCAGUCAUUGCUUACAACUGCUGAAAUGGCAGAGGCAGUACCUUUGGGUCAUAAAAAGCAUAUUAUUGUUAGCCCAGUUGAUAGUGUGACUAGCGAGCCGUCUCUAGCAGAGGGGCAUAUCCUACAGAAUCCAUCAAAUAUCUGUGGGGCAUUUUCUUCCAUUGGGUUUUCAUCGACAUGUCUCAGUUCCUCCAGCGACCAGUUUCCGACGUCCCUGGAAAUUCCCAAGAAGAACAAAAAGAGAGCUAAACCUGGUGAAAGUUCUCGACCUCGUCCGAGGGACAGGCAACUUAUUCAGGAUCGUAUCAAAGAACUAAGGGAGCUUGUGCCUAAUGGAUCUAAGUGCAGUAUCGAUUCUUUGCUAGAGUGCACGAUCAAGCACAUGCUCUUUCUGCAGAAUGUCUCUAAGCAUGCUGACAAACUCAGUAAAAGUGCAAGUUCAAAGUUGCAGAAGCAACACAAGGAUACCGGCACCCUAGGAUCAUCUAGCACUGAACAAGGUUCGAGCUGGGCAGUAGAGAUUGGAGGCCAUCUUCAAGUGUGCUCAAUCAUGGUGGAGAAUCUUGACAAAGAAGGAGUAAUGCUUAUCGAGAUGUUAUGCGAAGAAUGUAGCCACUUUCUGGAGAUAGCAAACCUGAUAAGGAGCUUGGAACUCAUCAUCCUCAGAGGCAUCACAGAGAAACAAGGCGAGAAAACAUGGAUAUGUUUUGUAGUGGAGGGCCAAAACAACAAAGUAAUGCACCGGAUGGACAUCUUGUGGUCUCUUGUGCAGAUAUUUCAACCCAAGGCCACAAUUAACAGGUAGCAACAGCGUACUUGUCGCAAUCAUACAGACUCGGCUUCAUGUAUCAACAACUAUAAAGGUCGACUAAACAGAGACAAGAAAAAGCUUGUGAAUGUAUAGUGCAGUGUGUGUGUGACACUUUUUGACACUUUAAAAGGUGUAUUUUUUUCUGUUUGAGCUUGUUCUUAUAGAAACACUUUGUAUUGACUUUGCCUCUAAUAUCAUAACUGCACAAUAUCAUUGUCAGAUAAAAUUGCAA